AUGGUUCGCGGCGCUGAUUACGACAACGGUGUUCCCCAGAGCGACAACCCCAUCGAGGCGGGCUCUACCCAGGCUCACGGUACCGGUGCCACUGAUGCCCCUCUGGACCGCACCCAGAAGGUCGCCCCCAUGCCCGAGGAGACUGGUUCGCAGCGCGACGUGUUCCCCGGCCAGGCUGGUGCCGGACACAGCAGUGGCAAGGGUGGCCACGAGCCCAAGACCCUCGGCGAGAACAAGGGCUUGGGUGCUCAGCCCGGCAACUAA